UGGCGGGCGCAGAGAGGAGGUGACGCCGCGGAAGUUUUUUCUGGAAGCUUCCAGUGCAAUUUGUCUUGGAGUAAACCCUCAAUAGCCAACGGUAGUGCAGGUAGCACAGCACCGGGGGAGGCCAAAUGAGACUCAGGUCGUCAGCCCUGAGAUGGUCUGCAACUGCCUUUGACAAAGCCUUUCUCCGUGCGUCAGGUAAUAAGUCAUUUGUCAAGAUGUCUUCAGCACCUGAGCCUCCAGCAUUUAAAAAGGAACCACCCAAAGAGAAAGACUUUCAAAACCCAGGGCUCAGAGGGGUGCGCACAACGACCUUAUUUCGAGCUGUGAAUCCAGAGCUCUUCAUUAAACCUAACAAACCUGUAAUGGCUUUUGGAUUGGUAGCCCUUUCACUUUGCGUGGCGUAUAUUGGUUAUCUACAUGCAACACAAGAGAAUAAAAAAGACCUCUAUGAAGCUGUUGAUAGUGAGGGACACAGUUAUAUGAGGAGGAAAACAUCUAAAUGGGAUUAAUAGUGCUGGUUACUGCAAAUGGAACUUUAUUAAGGGCUCUGAAAUCUUCAGAUGGAAGACUUUAUGAGCACACAGUAUCAUGUUUCUUGUUCUAGAAUAUGUUAAUGAGGAGAGAAGAUAGCAGUUGCACCCAGAAAACUGUAGUAAAUUUUUUCCUUUCAUAGCUGCAGCCAUCAUCUCAUUCUUUUUGCACAGAAAAUGUCACAAUAUUUUUCUUUUAUUAAAUCAUUUUAUAAAAGUGCCAUGAGAAUAGAAGUUAUUUUUGUUAAUUAUUAAGUUCUAUAUAAUAAAAAUACCCAGUGCUAUUAAA